AGAGGGCCGACAUGGCGGCGGCUUCUCUUCGCGGAGCGGUGCUGGGCCCGCGGGGCCCGGGCUUUCCGGGCGCGCGUGCUCGAGGGCUGCUGGGCGGCGUGCGGCCCGGACAGCUCCCGCUGCGGACCCCCCAGGCAGUGUCCUUGUCCUCGAAGUCUGGCCUUUCCCGGGGCAGAAAGGUGGUGCUCUCAGCGCUGGGCAUCCUGGCAGCAGGGGGUGCCGGGCUAGCUGUGGCUCUGCAUUCUGCCGUGAGUGCCAGUGAUCUGGAGCUGCACCCCCCCAGCUACCCGUGGUCUCACCGUGGCCUCCUCUCAUCCUUGGACCACACCAGCAUCCGGAGGGGUUUCCAGGUAUAUAAGCAGGUGUGCUCCUCCUGCCACAGCAUGGAUUACGUGGCUUACCGCCACCUGGUGGGCGUGUGCUACACAGAGGAUGAAGCUAAGGCGCUGGCUGAAGAGGUGGAAGUCCAGGAUGGCCCCAAUGAUGAUGGGGAGAUGUUCAUGAGGCCUGGAAAGCUGUCUGACUACUUCCCAAAACCAUACCCCAACCCUGAGGCUGCCAGAGCUGCUAACAAUGGAGCCAUUCCCCCUGACCUCAGCUACAUCGUGCGAGCUAGGCACGGUGGUGAGGACUAUGUUUUCUCCUUGCUCACUGGCUACUGUGAGCCCCCCACUGGGGUAUCACUGCGGGAAGGACUGUACUUCAACCCCUAUUUCCCUGGCCAAGCCAUUGGCAUGGCUCCUCCCAUCUACACUGAUGUCUUGGAAUUUGAUGAUGGCACCCCAGCUACCAUGUCACAGGUUGCCAAAGAUGUCUGCACGUUCCUGCGCUGGGCAUCUGAGCCAGAACAUGACCAUCGCAAACGCAUGGGCCUCAAGAUGUUGUUGAUGAUGGGCUUGCUGCUGCCUCUGAUGUAUGCCAUGAAGCGGCAUAAGUGGUCAGUCCUAAAGAGUCGAAAGCUGGCGUAUCGGCCGCCCAAAUGACCCUGUUCAACAUCUGUUUGCCAUCUUGCAUAAGCAGGCCCAUCCUCAAGCUCAGGAGCCUGUUCAGGCUCAGCGAGCCCACUUGGCCUGGCUUUUCAACUGGGACAAGAAGGCAGAAGACCAGCCUCUUGCUCCAGACCUUCCUUCAGCCCUCAUCAUGGGAAUAAAUUAAGUUUGUCAACAUA